UAUCAUCUCCACAAAAUGCAAGAGUUGUCAACACUCAACAACCAUAAGAGAAGCAGCCCCCUCAUACUCCUCAAACCCAACCAUAAUUGAUGAGAUUUACUACCAAGCGAUUCUCCCACCCAAUUUGAUAGAACACAAUACUUUUUUUUUUUUUGGGUGAAAAAAACGAAGCUUUUUUUUUUAAAAUUUUUUUUUUUGUAGAUUUUAAGUGUAGAGGAACUCCAUGUCCACUUCUUCUUAUUCUUCUUCCGCAGCUUUUCUUCGUCUUCUCCCUUCCUCUUUCUCUCCUUCUAAUAAGAAGCCGAGGCUUCUUUACCCUCUUAAAAGACCCACUUUUCGUGUCACCUCACUGAGGCUCGGAUUUGAGGAGAUUUUGGUGGUGACCCAUAAUAAGGUUUUGGUAGCGGCUACUAUCGCUGCUGCUGUGGGGCAACUAUCUAAGCCUCUUACUAGGGCUAUUAAUGGAGAUGGAAUUGAUUUGAAAGCGGCGAUUCGGUCUGGGGGAAUGCCUUCGACGCAUUCAGCCGGUGUCAUCGCUGCCGCGACAUCGCUUGGCCUAGAAAGGGGAUUUGCAGAUUCCAUUUUUGGCAUGUCGGUUGUAUUUGCUGCAAUCGUAAUGUACGAUGCUCAGAGUUUUCUCCAGUUUAAAUCGUCCUUGUCCUACAUACACCAUUGGCCAAUGAUCAGAAACAAAAAAAAAGAGAAAAGAGGAUUCUUCCAUAAGGGUGUCAGAAAAGAAGUGGGUGAGCAAGCAAAGAUUCUUAACAAGAUAUUGAGUCUCCAAGAGAAAUCAACUCUCAAUUGGGACAAAGAUGAUUAUAUCAAUUCUAAAUCCGGAAUUUCCUCUAUCAAUUCUGAGGAAGCUGCUCCCCUCAUCUCUGUUCCUAAGAAGGCUAGUACAUUUCAAUCCAAUGGCGAGUCCUAUGCAUAUCAUAGCUCGCGAGUAACGUCGAACAAGUUAAGUGAAGCUCAAAGCUUAAAAGAUGAUGUUACCGAACCACUGGAAAAGGCGUAUGGGAGUAGCAAACCAUUGAACGAAUCGGUCGGCCAUACAAAACUUCAAGUUCUUGUUGGUGCCCUGCUAGGUUUUGUUGUAAGUUUACUCAUUGAUGUUACAUUGUAACAGUCAUUGAUGUUACAUUGUAACAGUAACUGUUACUAUUUCUCAGUCUCAUGAUUGAUACUUUGUAUUAAUAGAAUUCAAUUUUGUGAUAAUAAGCAUAUUCUCUCUUCCAGCUCUUGUCGCUUA